GAAAAAAAUGGCGAGGUUGUCUCUAGGUGUGAUGCUCCUUCUGUGUCUAGUGGCCUCUGCCGCUGCACAACCACAUUGUGGCAGGCAAGCCGGCAACAGGAAGUGUCCUGGCAGGAUGUGCUGUAGCCGAUGGGGUUACUGUGGAACAACUGCUGAGUACUGUGGCCCUGGAUGUCAAAGCAACUGCAGACCGAGCAGUGAUGAUCUUAGUGAGAGUAUUAGUGCAUCUAAUGUGAAAGCCACUUCUCGUUCCUACAAUUCUGAACAGAAUGCAUGGAACUUGAAUGCUGCAAAUGCCUUCUGCUCAACCUGGGAUGGCGAUAAGCCAUUGGAAUGGCGCAGUAAACACGCCUGGACUGCCUUCUGUGGACCAGUUGGUCCUCAAGGGAAAGAUGCUUGCGGCCAGUGCUUAAAGGUGACAAAUGCUGAAACUGGAGCUGAGGCAACAGUGAGAAUUGUUGAUAAGUGCAGCAAUGGAGGCCUCGACAUGGACGCUGCCGCUUUCAAGCAACUUGAUACUGACGGAAAAGGCAAUGCUCAAGGCUUCCUUAUGGUGAACUACGAGUUUAUAAACUGUACUGCUAACUGAAGAAGAUGAUAACCACACCAAGUCCCUCGUCAUCUUCUGAUAUGAUAAAGAUGAAGGGAAUCUUUCUGCUUGUAUAAAAUUUCAGCAUGUAAUGAAUAAAGUGGUUUAAUAAUAGUUCAACAGCCAUUGUUGAGCGUUUAUUGAAUCAUCUUUUUCAAAGAAAUAAAAUUUAGCUUUAUGAAAAUCAUGUCUUGUCUCUAUUGACUCG